CCACGCCGGCUACAUAGUUUUCGCAUAAAAUCAUUUAUUAUAUGUCAAAGCUAAUAAAUUUUUGAUACCUAACCUCUUUAUCUCUGUGAAUCUCUUUUCCUCUCUCAGUUAAUUUAAUUAUUUGAUUUUAUAUUUUGUCAGCAUUUUCUUGGUCUGUUGUUCGUCAAUGGCGAAGUGCUUCAGCUUCAUCGCGGCAAAGGACUGGCUCUUACGGUACUCGUUCUGGAAGACGGGCCUGAAAUCCACGACCACGGAUCUCGGAGAUGGGACCAUCAUGCACUGCUGGGUUCCACAAGCCCACGUGGAGUCCAAGCCCACGCUGGUCCUCAUACAUGGUUUCGGCGCCAACGCAAUGUGGCAAUGGAACGACAUCGUUUCGCCGCUCGUCGCCCACUUCAACCUCUACGUACCGGACCUGCUCUUCUUCGGCGAUUCGUACACAUCCCGGCCGGAGCGCUCUGUCGAGUUCCAGGCCCGAUGCGUCGUCGCUAUGAUGGAGUCACACGGCGUUGUACGGAGGAUGAAUGUGGUGGGGAUCAGCUACGGCGGGUUUGUGGCUUACAGUAUGGCAGCGCUGUUUGAGGAGAAAGUGGAGCGGGUGGUGCUAUGCUGCGCCGGGGUGUGUAUGGAAGAGAAGGAUAUGGAGGAAGGGAUGUUUCAGGUGAAAAGCGUGGAUGAAGCCACGAGCGUUUUGUUGCCGCAGAGCCCUGCGAAGAUGAAGGAUUUGAUACGCAUCUCGUUUUACAAGCCCGUCAAGGUUUUGCCUUCGUGUUUUCUCAAUGAUUUUAUUGAGGUGAUGUGUACAGAAUACCUUCAAGAGAGAAAAGAAUUGAUCCAUGCAUUGCAUAAGGAUAGAAAACAAUCUGACCUUCCCAAGAUAACCCAGCCAACACUACUUAUUUGGGGAGAAUAUGACCAGAUAUUCCCACUGGAGCUGGCACACCGAUUGAAAAGGCAUUUGGGUGAGAAUGCUGAACUAGUGAUCAUUAAGAACGCAGGGCAUGCUAUCAAUGCAGAGAAGCCAAAGGAGAUGUACAAGCACUUUAAGUCGUUCCUCAUCGAUUCUCUUCGGCUACCUCCUCAUAAGCAAGAAAACCAUAGCAAUGGUCGCAAGAUGGACUGAAAUUAUUAACAAUAAGAUGAUUAAAGGAAAAUAAAUGAGUUACUUGUUUUACAGUUCACCUUGCUCUGUGGAUACUUAUUGUUUUUGUGUUCUUGAUUUUAGGUGGUUUUGUUUGUAAUUUAGGUUGCCUUUCUAAUACUUGUACAGCUGUUCUUACAUGUAAAGGAUAAUAAAAAUGUUCAUGUAAUGCUGGAAAUAUUAUGGUA